ACAAAAUAUGUUUCAUCCAAACCCAAUUAGGGUUUAACGAUAUUAGGACUGGCCAUUAUCACUGUCGGGGUUUAAGCUUCAACUACUCUUUCCGCCAUAGUUUUUCUCUUCCAAGCUUUCCUUGUCUCCAUCCAACUUUUCAGGACAAACGAGAAAUCCUAUAGAUCUUCCUCCGAUUCAUUUCUGGCGGAAAAUUUCUCCUUUUCUCCUUCGAAGUUUUUUUCUGAACUUUGAAGCAAGAAAGGGCUCAAAUUUCCUCAAAUGUACACAAAGAGAGCCCUAAUUCUCAAGCUCAAUUCUCUCACGGCAUUAUCAAAGGUAUGCUAUCCACGAUACACUUCAAAUUUUCUUGAAAAAAAUUAUCUUUUGAGAAAUUUCAGCACUGCCGCUCGAAUAGCCGAUUCCCAAAUCGACAAUGGCUAUCAAAAUGAGGUUUCUUCUGAAUAUUGUCAAAACCCUAGUGGGUUUCAGAGUGAAAGACGAAACUUUACUGAUUUUGAGGACAAAGUGAGGGGACAAGGCUCAAAUCCAUAUGGGUUUUAUGAUAAAGACCCUAAAAAUGGUUUUGUGGAAAGUACAAAUGGAGAUUGCCAGAAUCAUGGCAGGGGUUAUAGGGAGAGUUCUAACUUGGGAAGUUUUAACAAUCAGUCUGGGGAAAAUGGAAACUUGAGUGGGUUUUAUGGUCAAAAUAAUGGUGGAAAUGGAAAUAUGCAGAAUUCAAGUACUUCUUAUCAGGUGGGAUCGAGUGAAAUGAGGCAAAACUUAGGUGGGUUUAGUAAUGGAAACAGUAGUGGAGCUUAUGGGAAAAAUGAGAGUGAUUUGUUGCAAAACUCAAAUGGGUUUUACCAGAAUCAUGGUGGGGUUUCUAGGGAGAGCUCUAACUUUGGAAGUGUUAACAAUCGGUUUGGGCAAAAUGAAAACUUUAAUGGGAUUUAUGGUCAAAAUAAUGGAGGAAAUGGAAAGGUGCAGAGUUUAAAUACUUCUUAUCAGGUGGGUUCGAGUGAAAUGAGACAAAACCCAGGUGGGUUUAGUUCACAAGGGAAUUUAGGAUUUCAGGGGGCUCAGAAUGGAAGUUAUUCGCAAUCAUUUUCGCAGUUUCAGCAAAGCCCGGAUACUCAGUAUGCAGGAAACGCUGGACCUGUUUAUGGACAAUAUCAACAGAAUCAUCAGCCAAAUAAUAAUUAUUAUCAUAAUACUACGACUGGUCCUCAAGUACCGAGUUACCCUGUAACUGAAGGGGCAUUGGUUGAAGCAUCCGAAAGUAGCCCAAAUGUUGUGAGUCUUCAGGAUUUAGAUGGUUUUUGUAAGGAGGGUAAAGCUAAGGAAGCUGUGGAGGUUUUGAAAUUGUUGGUGGAACAACAUAUUCCUGUGGAUUUGCCUAGAUAUUUACUGUUAUUACAGGUUUGUGGAGAGGCUAAAGCACUAGAAGAGGCCAAAUUUGUCCAUGAAGAUAUUUUAAGGUCACAAUCUUCUCUUGAAAUAAGAGUUUAUAACAGAAUCCUAGAGACUUAUUCAAGAUGUGGUUCUAUGGAAGAUGCAUUCUUGGUAUUUAACAAGAUGCCGCAGCAUAAUUUGACAUCGUGGGACAUUAUGAUAACAUGGCUUGCUAAAAAUGGUUCGGGGUGGGAUGCCAUUGAUAUGUUUACUGAGUUCAAGCAAGCUGGGCGGAAACCUGAUGGUCAAAUGUUUAUUGGGGUUUUCCACGCUUGCAGUGUUGUUGGGGAUAUUGAUGAGGGAAUGUUGCAUUUUGAGUCAAUGAGCAAAGAAUUUGGAAUCGUUCCAACGAUGGAUCAUUAUGUCAGUAUAGUUGAUAUGCUGGGAAGUGCAGGCCAUCUUGAUGAAGCUUUGGAAUUCAUUGAGAAGAUGCCAUUGCAGCCUAGUGUAGAUAUUUGGGAAGCCUUGAUGAAUUUGUGCAGAGUUCAUGGGCACACAGAGCUCGGUGAUCGUUGUGCUGAGCUUGUUGAGCAGCUAGAACCUUUGCGCUUAGAUAAGGAGUCAAAAGCCGGCCUUAUUCCAGUGAAAUCUUCUGAUUUUGCAAAAGAGAGGGAGAAAAAGAAAGAUCCUAGUCUUUUAGAAGUUAGAAGUCGAGUCCAUGAAUAUAGAGCAGGCGAUACCUCUCAUCCCGAGAAUGAUAAGAUCUAUGCCAAGCUUAGGGGUUUAAGAGAACAAAUGAAAGAAGCUGGUUAUAUACCAGAGACUAGAUUUGUGUUACAUGACAUUGAUCAGGAAAGCAAGGAAGAUGCUCUUCUUGCUCACAGUGAAAGACUGGCUGUUGCCUAUGGCCUCCUUAGCAGCUCAGCUCGUUCACCUAUUAGGGUGAUCAAGAAUCUCCGUGUUUGCGGUGAUUGUCAUAAUGCACUGAAGAUUAUUUCAAAGAUAGUUGGCAGAGAACUCAUCAUGCGUGAUGCCAAGAGGUUCCAUCAUUUCAAAGAUGGCGUGUGCUCCUGUCGGGAUUAUUGGUGAACAAAAAUUGAGGACAAUGUUUUGGUACAUCUUAAUCAUCUAUUUUGCUCCUUCAGUUAGUGGAAUCCUUACCAGAAAAAUAUUAGGAUCUACUAUGGUGAUCGUUGGCUCUUCGCAGAGUGUCAAGGCAUAUGCAGAACAUGAUUUUUGUAAUUUUUCUUUCAAAAGAUCUCUUCGGCUAACUAUUCUUGCCGCCCGCCAUUGACGGUUAUCCACCAUACCAUAUUCUUAUUCAUACAAAAUUUAGUUUUGUUACGAAUUGGAUGUAGAUAAUAUACCAUAUUAGAGCAUGUAACAAUGAGAAACAUGGUUGAAUUUUUGAGCUGUCUUGACUUAAUAAAUAUAUUUCAUUUCAUUGUUGAUUCUAUUUAUCUAUAUUCACACAAUUUCUGGACAUAAUUGUUCCUGUUAUUAUUGUAGCAGAGGUUGAUAAGAGUUGUAAAAACAUGAGAGGUUUCAAACUUAUUAUUUCUGAAGAGAAGACUAAUGUUCUAAGUCACAAUUUUACUAUGAGAAAGUCAAUGAUUUUGGAACAUUAAUUAUGAAUAUCCUUGAUAUCCCCUAAAAAUUACUACCUCAAAAUUAAUUAUCAUUAAGCAAUUAAAUAAUUUCCAAGUGUUAUGUGUUUCUAUGUUCUCUGAUGUUAAAAUGAUUAUAUAUAACUUAAUGAACAUUCGAAUAUUUUUCACAACCAAAAGAGAUUGAUAUAUAUAUAUAAUAAUCCAAGUGGUUGCAUUUGUUUUAUGUGAAUUAAUAUAAGUUAGUUGUUUUAAGAAAGAGUCAUCACUUAAUGACACGUUUGGGUGCUAAGCUUAGUUGUCAAGACUGAAGUAGAGUCCCACAUCGACCAUCUGAAAGAAAUAUUUGAUUUAUUUAUAGUCCAAGCUGUGAACUUCAGUGCACGACCUUACUUGAACAGGAUCUGUUCUAUAGGCUCGUACCUCUGUUUCCUUGAGUUCUAAGGAGACAGGAAACCAAACCUGGUCGAUGAAUCAUGGCCGUCCGAUCAGAGCGUGAUUAACGGCUAGAUUAUCUUCGGAUCAUCAUGGCUGUAGAGGAUCGUUCUCAGCUAGUUCUCUAGCUGGGGUGGUCGGUCGGUUGUCUGACAGUGUAAACUGUUAUUGCAGGUUUGUGGAAUAGAAGAGGCCAAAUUUGUGCAUGAAGAUAUGUUGGGGUCACAAUCCUCUCUUCAAGUAAAGAGAAUCCUUGAGACUUAUUCAAGUUAAGAUGUUUCUUUAAUUAAACACUUGUGUAACAAACAACAACAAGUAAGUAUCAACAAUCCCACAAAAAAAAAAAAAAACAACUGCAACAGAGUUUGAGGUGGUUGGUGAUGCUUCUUCAUUCAAUCCCAUCAUAAAAAUGUUCCAACAUUGUCUACAACAAAAUGUUCCAACUAAUCACCAAACUAAAGGAAAGCAACGGUUGACAUUGGAAUGCUCAAGAUAUAUAAAGAAGAUUAUUAAGGAUAUUUAACUCCAAAUCUAGCUAGUUUCAUCUUUGCCUCAUCAUCUAACUAAAAUUCCAACUCAGAUUUUCGGAUAUUAAGACCUUCCAUUUCUUCAAACUCCUAUCACACUAAACAUUAAAACCCAAAACAGAACAGCUUACUACAAUUGAAAAAGACAAAAGAGAAACCCUUUUCUAUUGCUGUUUACUUUGUUAUUUUAUCCCACAUCGAUAGGCUCCACAAAAUAAAUAGUAUUCUUAUAUUGAAGCAUUGACUGUUCAGUUCACGACCUUACUUGAACAGGAUCUGUUCUAUAGGCUCGUACCUCUGUUUCCUUGAGUUCUAAGGAGACAGGAAACCAAACCUGGUGGAUGAAUCGUGGCCGUCAGAUCAGAGCGUGAUUAACGGCUAGAUGAUCUUCGGAUUAUCACGGCUGUAGAGGAUCGUUCUCAGCUGGUUCUUCUAGCUGGGAUGGUCGGUCGGUUGUCUGACAGGUUUCCCUUCUCUUUUU